AUGGCUACAUCGCUAUGUGUUUGGAAAGCUACAAAGACACCAUCAAUCUUCUACGCUUUAGGCCAAGAAGACGAGCUAAAGCCAUGGACUUCUGUCUAUGAGGAUGCUAAGAACAAGAUCAUCGCGGAACAAGAGGUCAAAGAGGCUAAGAAAAUGGCACUUAAGCAGAAGCAGCACGCUAAGGAUAAAGCAAUAACGGUACUUACUAUUACACCGGCGGCGCCUGCGACUACACUUACACUUGUAAUCGAGCUCACAACUGACCUUGCAAUCGAACCUAUAAUCGAGCAAAAGGGACUAGCUACAGGUACCAACCGCACACCAUUGGGUGACCCUUCUAACACUCGAGGCCCCGCUGCCUUGCCAACCACACGUCUUUUCCCGACUUCGGUACCAACCCUUAGUGAGGAGAUCAAUGCUGAAUACCAGAUCCUCUUACCACUUAACACAACCGUUCCCUUUUACGUCAGAUUACUUAAACCACCUCGAGCAAGAACUAGCGACUACGUCAAACAGAUUGGUGACCUUUCGAAGCGCAAUUUGACCUCCGAAUAUUAUUCCGAUAAGGCUUUGAAAGACGUGAUUUUAAGCGCCGUACAAAGCGUCUUUGAAUAUGCCUACGAUCAUCGAUUGCUACCAUUACGACGACCAGACCUUCCACCGCUUACCUUAUCGAUGCUACCGAGUCAAGAGACUAAUACGAAGACGAGGUCUACUACGUGGACCGCCAGUACAGAGGCAGUAGAAGCAAUAGAGGCCGUGGCUACAACGGUAGUAGCAAUAGAGGCUUCAGAGGCUAUACUAGAGGAGGAAAUGAUCGGAUCAGCAAUCGCGGCUAAGGUAAUCGAAGCAACUACGGAGGUAGUAGCAAAGGAGGAGGAACAACCCGUGCUAAUCGCGCUGACAAACGCUGUUUUGUUUAUCCCCGAUUCUAAAGCAGCAAACCUUUCCACUGCAAGAGAGCAACAAAUUAAGGCUUUGAGCAAGCUCUUCCCUUUUCGAAUCAACCGAGGAACGGCCGAUAAGAAUACUAUUAAAUUCGGCUAUUUAUCUGUUCUACGCUUGCAAAAGGUUCUUGACCUUAGCGGUCACGAUAAUGUCGACCUCGAUACCUUAAAGAAGAUCGAGAGGUUCUGCUAUCAAUGUCAAAUGCAUAGUGUAGCCUUGAGCCGAUAUAAGUUCACUUUGAAAGAUGACUUAAAGUUCAAUUACUUUAUCAUUGUAGACGUGAUGCACUUAAACGGCAGACCAAACGCGCUCAAGGAAUGCUGGAUUGAUAGCUACCUCGGUCCCCUCGACCUGAUUAUUCACGACUUAAGAACGAACUUUGCAGCAGCUAAGUUCCGCGGUCUAGCUAAGAUGAUAUCUAUCGAUAUCAGUGAGAUGCUUACGGAGGCCCACAAUAGCAUAGCAAUCAAAGCCGUUAACGAUACCGCCGGGCUAGCAGGCUUAAUACUUACUCUCUUCGUAUUUGAUGCUUACCCCCGUAUGACUCACUUGGACCUACCAGCCCUUUUUAUUACUAUUAGAACAGAAGCUAUUAAGAAGGCUAUGUCAGAAGUAAGAAGAUUGCAAGCUGUACGGCAAGUGGCAGACGCUCUAAAUAUGCGCAAUGGCCCUUCUACGAUUGAGACGCUGGCUCUCCCCUUGCAAAGCCAGCUAUAUUACCAAGAAAAUACUGCCCAAGAAAAGCGUCCCGAAGAGGAAGGACCACUAGUAGACCAAGUAGAGGAGGCGCCACGUCGAAGUAGCAGAAACAGACGACCUCCAAAGCGUUACUGCACGGAAGCUAAGGAGCUAGCGCAAUUUCUUACCGCUUUAAGUGACACCUUCUUGACUCGGAAAAAGCAAACAGACUAA